AUGCUAUCAAUUGCUUCGAUUCUCGCCUUAUCUACAGCCGUGACGGCUUUCGUUCAUCCUGGGGCUCUUCAUACCGCCAAAGACUUCGAACGCAUCAACACUUCCUACGCACAGGCGUCGUACCAGCCUACACCGCAGGAGAUUGUCUAUCGCGGUGCUAAUGGCGUGGAUUCCGAAAAUUACCAAUAUCUCUACCGUGAUGCUGCAGCCGCCUACCAGCUCGCGCUCCGCUGGAAAAUCUCGAAUGACACAAGCUUUGCGGAUGCAGCCGUCAAUAUCCUCAGCUCUUGGGCAGCGACAUUGACAUCUAUUGGCGGAACCAGCGACAAGUUUCUUGCCUCCGGCCUAUAUGGGUACGAGAUGGCCAAUGCCGCCGAACUUAUGUCGGAUUACUCUGGUUGGAAUAGUGAUAACAAGACCGCGAUGGGAACCAUGCUGGCCAAUGUAUUCGCACCCAUGAAUACAAUCUUCCUAGAGGAUCAUAAUGGCCAGGAUUAUUAUCAUUACUGGGCCAAUUGGGAUCUGUGCAAUCUUGCCUCCUUGAUCGCAAUUGGGGUGUUCACCGAUAAUGAAACCAUGUAUAGGAAUGCUGUGAACUAUAUUCGGACGGGCCCUUCAAAUGGCGCCUUGCCCGUAUUCGCGAUCGCCAACUAUACUGAGUCAGGAUCCAGCAAGAUCCUAACCCAGGGCCAGGAAGCAGGCCGGGAUCAGGGUCACUCUACGCUGGAUGCCGUGCUUUUCGGGGUUGUUGCACAACAAGCAUACAACCAAGGCGACGAUCUGUUUGCGGAGUACAGCAAUGAAAUCCUCAAUGCUGCCGAGUAUAUUGGGAAGUAUAACGUCGGUCAGGAUGUUCCAUACACUGCGUACAACAGUUACCAGGGUAAUCAGACUGUUAUUUCAAACAACUCACGUGGAACUGUUCGUCCCGGAUUUGAGUUGUUGUCGGCGCACUAUGGACAGUUGAAGGGAUUAGAUUCGUCGUGGACUGACGCCUAUCGAGACUGGGUGAAUGUUAAUUCUACAAGUGGCGUGGAAGGUGGAGGUGGAAACUAUGGAACAACAUCCGGUGGAUUCGAUGGACUCGGUUUUGGCACUUUGUUGUAUCGUAGUUCCUAG